AGAUGAAGGAGGGUUUUCAUUCAUCAUAUGACAUCCAUGUCGUUUCAUUCCUACAUAAAAUAAAAUGUACUGUUUACCUUAAUGAAAGUGGAAUACAUGUGAUAAGGAACCAUCAUUAUCCAUCCAGUACAAUUCACAUCCACAAAGCCUGGUUAAUCGGGUGUAAGAAGGGAGUCAGAUCAAGAUGGACUGAGAACGGCAAUGCAUGUCUGAAGUUGAAUUUCUUCAGUAUAAAAAAGAACUAUGUGAAGAAUACAAAUGUUAAAGUUUUGACAAAAGCUUCGAUUAAUAUGUUAUUCUUGUCUGAACAAGAAGCAGAUAAAUUUAUAAGAACAACAGAACUCCUUUUUCAGAAUACACAGUUAUCCGAUAUGAAACCAUAUCUAGUGUUGAUUAAUCCUAAAAGCGGUACGAAAAAAGCUGUGAGUAUUUUCAACACAAAAGUUGCUCCUAUCUGGAAACAGAUGAAUAUUCCAUAUAAAUUAAUGUGUACAGAAUAUCCCGGUCAUGCGCAAGAUUUUAUCUUGAAAUUAUCAGAGGAAGAAAUCUCCAGUUAUCGUGCUGUUGUUCCAUGUUCAGGCGAUGGAUUAAUUAAUGAAGUUGUACGUGCAAUAGCGUUAAGACAAGACUACAACGUUGGCGAAGAAUACAGAGUACCUAUUGGAAUUAUACCUGCAGGUACCGGCAAUGCAACUGCUGCAGCACUUUGUCAUCAUUCAGGUUUAUUAGCAAAGUCUUCAAUUUUGUUACAUUCAGUCUUCCUUUUAUCAUUACCACCUGAAACUAUGUCAUUACCGGAGUAUGAAAUGGGCAUGGUGAGUGAUGAAGGAAAACUGAGGCUGACUUUACCAACUUUCCAGUGUAUAAGUCCCUUGACCGGCAUACGUUUCGGAACAGACAACAAGAACUCAUGUCACUUUGGUGUUCUGUCUAUUGAAUGGGGAAUAUUUUCUGAUUUAGACUACAAGAGUGAAAAAUUACGUUGGAUGGGAGAAACCAGAUUUGCAGUCUACGGUUACUACUGUAUUCUGAAAAAACAAUCAUAUCGGGCUAAAUUGUCAUAUCUACCAAUAGACAAUCAGAAAAGUCAAAAUUUAAAAAACAAUGGAAGUAAAACUACAGAGGAAGAUUCCAUCUCCCAAUCAUCACUGGUAAAUAAAAAUGUUAAGGAUUUAAGAAGACGUCCUAAUGAAUCCACUGACUCCAUCAAAAUAUCGAGUAAAUCUUGGUAUUACCUUCCUGACAUUGAUAAACCAAUUUCCAAUGAUAAUGGAAAAUGGGUUGUAUUAGAUGACGAAUUCAUUUCCAUACUAGUGUUAAAUCAUUCACAUAUGGCAGCUAGUGCCGUUGUCCAACCAGAUGCACAUUUCAGUGAUCCAUACUUAAGUUUAGUAAUAAUACAUAAAAAUACAACAAGGCUAGAUUUAAUUCGCAUCGCUCAGGCAAUAUCAAGUGGCAAAGGCUUAAAAUCGACUCCUUACAUGGACAUCGUGCAGAUCAGUGCAGUACGCGUUGAUCCAUAUCCCAAUUCAUCAGUUAUCACGAUGUUAGAUGGUGAACUUAUGCCCUCUGGAGCGUGUCAAGCAGAAGUUAUGCCAGGGUAUUUCAAUGUUAUAUCAGGAGGACAAACCAUUUGAAUUCAAAAGUUCUUUAGAUUUGAGAUCCACUUAUAAGCUCUUAAUAUAAAAUGGCGGAAUAAUAAUCGUGUAUGACACAAACGAAUUUAUUUCCAUUGUACAAUGAAUUCCAUUAUCAAGUAUUUUAAUUAUUGAUUUUAUUAAAACCAAAUUAACAAGUGGAAUCUCAUUUGAACUCAGCAGUUAUAGAAUGCUUUCAAAUUCAUUGAAACAAUUAGAUGAAGACAGUUACCUGUGUACCUGUAUUAAAAUUCUGG